CUUAGACUUCCUUUAAAAGCCACUACCUUUUCUUAAUGUGAUUGUAGAUCUAGUCUGUAAUUAGUUAUGGCUGUUCUCUCAAAAUUUGUUGAAGGAUCAUCUUCUUCAUCUACUAAUAAUCAUAAAUAUGAUGUAUUUUUAAGUUUCCGAGGUGUUGAUACUCGUUAUGGUUUCACAGAUCAUCUCCAUAAGGCGCUCUUGGAUGCAAAUAUUUCCACCUUUUUGGAUGAUAAAGAGAUUGAAACUGGAGGAGAGCUAAAACCGGAAUUGGAGAGUGCAAUUAAAACAUCUAGGGCUUCUGUUAUCGUGGACUAAUGCCCUUACACAAGUUGCUAAUUUAAAAGGGAUGUAUGCAAAGGGCAGGAAAGAGACAGAGUUUGUUAAGGACAUCUACCGUAGAUUACAUAAGAUGAUAACUGAUCUACCACAACUAUUUGGGAUGGGUGAUUCCAUUGAAUUCAUCACUUCAUGUUCAAUUCAAGUUUAUGAUGUUCCUGUAUACACCUCAAAGAUAGAGAAUGUAUUGGCCUAUAAAAAGGUGUUUCUAACGAAGUGUGGUUUAGAGCUUUUUCCAGAAGGAAGUCCGACAUACUUGGCGACUCACAUGAGCAAGGAUCAAUACAAGGUGAAACUUCUUCCGAGUGCCGCCACUCCAUCACCAUCCACCACCGGCUUCCGUCAGUCAAAUCUCAUUGCCGCCCCUCACAGCUGGUCCGGAGGCAGCCUUUGCUCCACCGCUUCCACUGGAAGAUUCUCCUACGCCGCACACGAAUGCGGAUCCAGAAGAAGCAUCGAGUGCGGCGGUGGUGCCGCUGCCCCUCCAUCCACCAUCGCUGAAUUCAUACUUAAUGAAGCAACUUCUACUAAGUUAAUCUUGUCCGCAUAUGCCACCACAAGAAACACAAACUCAACACACCUAUAUGUGCUACAAAUAAGCAAGUUCUGGUAAUUAUGUUGGACUAUUUAUAAACAUUUCUUUUGUUUUACUAGUUUGUGUCUCAAUCGUUUGUGGUUUGUUGUCAAAUUAUCGCGUGUUUUGUUUCUUCUUAAUAAAGAUUGGGUACCAAACCAAUCAAACAUCUCGAUUGCCAUGUUUCAAUGUAGUUUAAACUUCACCCGCAUUUAUCAUUUCUUAG